UCACGCGAUGUUUUCAGUGCUAUGGCGUACCAGGAAGGGGAGUCGCUUGAAUCCUGGCUCAAUAAAGCCACCCAUCCAACAAACCGACAGGAGGACUGGGAGUACAUCAUAGGCUUCUGUGAUCAGAUCAACAAGGAGUUAGAGGGUCCUCAGAUCGCUGUCACGCUACUCGUUCAUAAAAUCCACUCUCCUCAAGAAUGGGAGGCUCUCCAGGCUCUGACGGUUUUGGAGGCAUGUAUGAAAAACUGCGGGAGAAGGUUUCAUAAUGAAGUGGGAAAAUACAGAUUUUUAAAUGAGCUGAUUAAAGUGGUGUCUCCAAAGUACAUGGGUGAGAGUGCACCUGAGAAGGUGAAGUUGAAGAUCGUGGAGAUGAUGUACAGCUGGACUGUCGCUUUUCCAAAUGAAGUGAAGAUCGGUGAAGCCUACCAGACACUGAGGAGACAGGGCCUCAUAACAAGUGAUCCUGAGCUACCGCUGGACAGGACGCUGAUUCCCUCUCCACCAACUCGACCCAAACACCCAGUGUUUGACAACGAGGACAUGGGCAAGCUGCUUGCUGAGCUUCUGAGGAGUAAAAAUCCUGAGGAUCUACAAGAAGCCAACAGACUAAUCAAAAACAUGGUGAAAGAGGACGAAGCUCGGGUGCAGAAGGCAACGAAACGAAUAAACACUCUGGAGGAGGUGAACAUCAACGUGAAGCUGCUGACGGAGAUGCUGACACACUAUAACAAAGACAGCUCCACAGACUCAGACAAGGAGAUCAUUAAGGAGCUGUAUGAGCGCUGUGACAAACUGAGGCGAGCUGCUUAUAAAAUGGCCACAGAGUCAGAGGAUAACGACACCAGUCUAGGUGACAUCCUGCAGGCCAGCGAUGACCUCUCCAGGGUCAUCAACUCUUAUAAGAAGAUAGUGGAAGGUCAGCUGAUCAGUGGCGACAGUGAAGAGGCUCCGUCUACGGCGGGGCAGAGUGAGAGUGACACCACAGAUACGCUCAUUGACCUCGCUGGCCUUGACACUCCGAGCCCUCCUCAGCCUGUCCCCCCUCCCUCCUUCUCUAACCCCUUCCCCACCAAUCCCACAGUGUCCCCCAUCCCGGUCCUUCCUCCCCCUCCUAAACGUCUGCUGGGCUCUGUCGGCAGUCAGAACAGCAGUCCGAGUCAUCCUCCGCUCGACAAGGCCUCCACCUCUCUGUCUCUGCUCGAUGAUGAGCUGCUGUCUCUGGGACUGAACGACCCUCCUACCUCUACAAGCAGCCAAUCAAAACCUAAGCUGAGUGAGCUGUCCAAUCAGUGGACUUCAUUACAGGCUCCAUCUUCAGGUGUGGACCUUUUUGGUGGAGUAUCCUAUUCAGGUCCAGCAGUGCCUGCAGCUGAACCAGCUGCUGCUACACACAGUCUGCAGAACCUGCAGGAUCUCGCUAUGAUGGGCUUUUCAGACCACAAGAGUUUGCCUAGUCAGAUGACAGCCAGAGGAAGCAGCUUUGGAUCGCCUGUAGCAGUGCCUCCCCUUGUACCCGGGCAUGGAUCUCCCUCCUCCUCCUCUCUCCUCCAGGGCAUGAUGCCUGGCUCUCCCGCUUUGUCCCACACAAAGGCUCAGAGUCUAGGUUCAGCCCCGGGCAGCCCGCUGUUCCGCUCUCUGUCCCCCUGCCACCCUCCGCUACAGGGCAGCCCAGCCAGAGUCACCGAAGUCUCCCUGAGCGGCGUGCACGUCCCUCUGGAAGCAAUCAGACCAAGCAAAGUGCUUCCUGUGACGGCCUACGAUAAGGAUGGCGUUCGAAUGCUCCUGAACUUUGCCUCCGACUGCCCCCCUGGCCGGCCUGACGUGUUGGUGAUGGUGGUGUCCAUGCUCAAUACAGCGCCACAGACUGUCCAUAACGUGGUACUGCAGGCAGCUGUCCCUAAGUCGAUGAAGGUGAAGCUGCAGCCUCCAUCAGGAACUGAACUGGCUCCUUUUAACCCCAUCCUCCCUCCAGCCUCCAUCACACAGAUCAUGCUGCUGGCAAAUCCAACCAAGGACAAGGUGCGUCUACGCUACAAGCUAGCUUUCUCACUUGGAGAUCGACAGUGCAACGAGGUCGGGGAGGUGGACCAGUUCCCCCCUCAGGACAUGUGGGGUCGUCUAUAGCAGCGUGCUGGCGUGCGAUCGCUCAGCAAGGACGGAGACAUUCAUACUUCAUGAAGGGGUGCGUUUGUUUACAUUCACCCCUGAGAGAAACGAGGUGAAGGUCGGGGAAUCAAGCUGCAGCUCCACAUUCCUUAUAGAUGUUUGUUUUACCAGCCGUUCCUUUAACUGGAAGUGAGAAGCUUCUUUUAUUUAUUUAUGCAGCGCUUGUAUUAUAAUCUGCAGAGAGCUAACGCACUAAAGAUAAACACUGAAGACUACGACAGAGGAGAUGUUUACAGGGCAGUGCUACUGAGAUAAAUAUUCCAAAGGAUUUUACCCAAAUAAAAGGAACAAAUUUAAAUAUACUAUAGAUAUUUAAUGCUUUAGAGAAGCAUUACAGAGAUAAAUCAACCUCUAAUCAAAAUCUGUUACUAACAGAGUAAAGAGAGAACAGCUGUGCUUUUAUUUACCUUGUAGUUGGAAUAUCAUGUAGAAAAAUACUUGAAUUUAUCUAGAAUUUUAAAAGGGAUCUUAGACAGGAGCGUAUGAGUCGAAGUUAAAGGUUAUUUACAGAUAAAUGCCAGAGUCAUUACUGCAGAACAAUAUUUGACUUUUCUUUGUUUGUUACUUUAAUAAUUCAGCUUUUUGACAUUGUUCAAGCCUGUUUUCCGUGAGUUAACAAGUGUUAAAUUGUGUUGUAAUGUACGGAAGCCCGAAGUGGACACACAUUUGUAAAUUUUACUUAUGUUUUCCUGUGUAAUUUCUGCUUUUUUUCCUGAUAUCUUGGCUUAUAUCUGUCUACAUAUUAAGAUAGGACAGCUGAUUUUCCUUUGCCACUUUAUUUUCCAGAGAUCUUGAGAAAUUGACCCAGUAUCAUGGGUAAUCCAGUGUUAUCCUGAAGAAAUAAGAUAAAUAAGAUCAUGUUUACACAUGAAUUCCAGCUAAAAACAAACCUGUCAGAGAGGAGAACAAAGGCAGUAAAAUCUACUUCAUGUGUCCUCUUUGGGCUUCCAUAGUAAAGGCAACCAACUGCACUUUAAAAAUUCUUUUUUGAAGUUAUCAUAUGCCAUUCUAAUCUCUACUUAUAUUAUGUGAUUAUCUUCUCUUUAUGAAGGCAGAUUUUUCACCAUAAAACAGUUGGUGUCCAUGUUUUCGGUUCAUAUUUCAGAUGUUAACUUGUCUACCGGUGUCAGUAUUUGUAUUUUAUUUAUUUCUGUUAGUAUUUCAGUGCAUCACUGAACCUUAAAAAUGUGAACUAAAAGUUUAGAUCAGUCGCUCUAAAGGGAAAACUGAGCAGAUUUAUAACUACAGAGCAGAAGAGCUGAGAGGAGUUUAUCAUGAAAUCAGUCCUCCUGAUCCUCCGUUAAACCCUCCUAGACUCGUCGUGAUGUGGGACGUACACACGUCUGUGUUAAAUGUACAUAGUUUCAAAUGUAAUGUACCUUUUGUUUGUUGUAUGAUGAGUUAUGUGAAGUUGUGACGUUCAGGUUCUGGGAGAGUGUACAUACUGUAUGAUGUGCCACGUGUUCGCUGCAUGACAA